AGCCCUGCCUGCCUGUCAGAAAGGUACUCCAGUAUUGGAGGCAAGGCUACCCUCCUCCCGGACCCCGUACGAGAGCCAGCCACCGUCGUACCCCAAGGCUCGGGCUCCCCACACACGGCUCCAACCAUGGCAACCACCGCUACUUCCACCAGGUUUACCGACGAGUACCAGCUGUACGAGGAGCUCGGGAAGGGAGCUUUUUCAGUGGUGCGUAGGUGUGUAAAGAAGUCAUCAGGACAGGAAUAUGCUGCAAAAAUCAUCAACACUAAGAAGCUGUCUGCAAGAGACCAUCAGAAGCUUGAGAGAGAGGCUCGUAUCUGCCGUCUCCUGAAGCACCCCAACAUCGUGAGACUCCAUGACAGCAUUUCAGAGGAAGGCUUUCAUUACCUAGUCUUUGACCUGGUGACAGGAGGAGAGCUGUUUGAAGACAUCGUAGCCAGGGAGUACUACAGUGAGGCUGAUGCCAGUCAUUGCAUUAGUCAGAUCUUGGAGAGUGUCAAUCAUAUCCACCAGCAUGAUAUUGUGCACAGAGACCUCAAGCCUGAGAACCUGUUGUUGGCCAGUAAGAUGAAGGGAGCUGCAGUGAAGCUGGCAGACUUUGGCCUUGCUAUUGAAGUGCAGGGAGACCAGCAAGCUUGGUUUGGGUUUGCAGGCACCCCUGGUUACCUCUCCCCUGAAGUCCUGAGGAAGGACCCCUACGGCAAGCCUGUGGACAUAUGGGCUUGUGGUGUUAUUCUCUAUAUCUUGUUAGUGGGAUAUCCUCCAUUCUGGGAUGAAGAUCAACACAAACUCUAUCAGCAGAUCAAAGCUGGAGCAUAUGAUUUCCCAUCCCCAGAGUGGGACACAGUGACUCCAGAGGCAAAGAACCUGAUCAACCAGAUGUUGACCAUUAACCCAGCAAAGAGAAUCACUGCCGAACAGGCCCUCAAGCACCCUUGGGUCUGCCACCGUUCUACAGUGGCAUCCAUGAUGCACAGACAGGAAACUGUCGAGUGUCUCCGCAAGUUCAAUGCUCGCCGAAAACUCAAGGGAGCCAUUCUCACCACCAUGCUGGUGUCCAGAAACUUCUCAGUGGGCCGGCAGCAUACCAACUCUGCUGCUGCCGCCUCCUCCACGGCCUCACUGGCUCAGGAAGCAUGCAAAAGUUUACUCAACAAGAAGUCAGAUUCUGCUAAGCCUUCUACCAACAACAGUAAGAACAGUAUAGUGAGCGCCAUCAAUGCCCUGAAAGACACCAACAUGGCAACCAACGCCCAGAUGGAAUCUCAGAGCACGGUGGUGCACAACCCUCCUGAUGGAGUCAAGGGAUCGACGGAGAGCAACGCCACCAACGACGAGGAGGAAAUGAAAGGUAGGAAAGCGGACAGUUCGGCGCUGAGUCAGAGCAGCGCCACAGAGGAGAUGCCCCCACUUCUGCCCUCACCUCAAAGCUCACCUGCCAUUCCACCGCAUGAUGUAAAGCGCAUGGCAUGGAACAGCACAGGCAACAGCUCCUGCCCUGACUCUGAGCUCUCACAGUCCUCCAUGCCUGCCGCUCCGCUAGGGAGCAACACUGUCGCUGCUAUAAACAACACUAAGCAGACUCGUAAACAGGAGAUCAUCAAGAUAACGGAGCAGCUGAUCGAGGCGAUCAACAAUGGAGAUUUCGAUGCCUACACGAGGAUUUGCGAUCCUGGACUGACCUCUUUUGAACCCGAAGCCCUGGGGAACCUGGUGGAGGGCAUGGACUUUCACAAGUUCUACUUUGAAAACUUGCUGAGCAAGAACAGCAAGCCCGUGCACACCACCCUGCUCAACCCGCACGUGCACCUGAUCGGCGAGGACGCUGCGUGCAUCGCCUACAUCCGGCUCACACAGUUUGUAGACACCACGGGCCGCCCUCGCUCCAGCCAAUCGGAGGAGACCAGGGUGUGGCAUCGUCGCGAUGGCAAGUGGCUCAAUGUUCACUUCCACUGCUCAGGAGCGCCUGCUGCACCACUACAGUGAUCAGUGGUCCUGAGCCUCCAGUCUACUGGAGUGUGUGUUUUGGGGGGCAGUUUUUUUCAGCAAGCGUGUUUAAGAGGCACGUCCUCUGCGUGGAUUGGCUAGUGCCAGGAGCCCGGCCGGGCGAGAUCGCAUCCCUCUCCACGAUACCAACCAAUCCUGUCCCCCCUUUGACCUGCUGGGGGCCGGCUGAACACAAGACACCGCCCCCAUGGGAUGAUGCAUGCAUCUGGCGCCUGAUUGGAGGGCGCGUCUUUGCCCUCUAUCCCUCCCCUGGCAGCCAUCUUUUUUCUGCCCGCGCGAGAUGAGACGUCCUGCGUGAGGAGAGGAUUUACAGUUGAACUUGUGACAGUUUAUGAGUAUGAGUUAUGAAUAUGCUGUGUAAAUUAUGACUAGAUGUACCAGAAACCACCAAAACCCAACCAAGCAUUUAUAUUCACUAUCAAAUAAGGGAGGAACAGAAGGGAGCGUGAGGUUAGCGGCUGAGAUUUUGGACACAUUUUUUUUGGCAUUCUGGGGAUGGCCGGGUAGAAAGCGUUGUGCUCGUUACCCGGACGACGGUGUAAAGACGUAGGGAGAUUUUCCCCAACUGAAUUCUAGAGGGAAAAAAAGAAAAAAGAAAAAAAAUCAAGUCGGCUCAGUCGGAGAACUUGACGACGAGAGAAACUUGAUAUCAAAACAUGAAGCACCAAAGUGUAGAACUUUAGGCUUUUUAUGUGUUUACGUGUUUUCGUUUGUGUGCUUGUUUUCCGACCGAACGGAAAAUCGUGGUGUUGUGGGAUCCGGGUGGGGGGGGCGGGUGUCUGAUUUGAGGUUACGUGUUUUGUUGUGUUUUUAGCAUCCUGUUCCCUUUGCGUUCCUGUGAACAACCGGAGCCUCUAAUCUUAUUUUAUUUUAUUUUUUACCUUUAUUUUAUUAUUCGUCUUUUUGUUUGUUUGUCUGUCUGACUAAUCCUGUAUUCGAGGCUCCUUUUUAAAGCAGCUGAGUUUUUAAAAAGAAGGAUUUUAUUGUGCAAGUUUAAAGCUAGCCUGCGCGUGUUAACACGUUCUGUCGCGUCUGUAUGCAGUGGAGGGAGAGACCGAGCCGGGAAAGGCGUCUGCGUUUUGCAUGUUUGCCCGCCGCCUCUCCCUCAUCCACCCGUCCCCCAACCUUUCUCUCUCUUAAACCAUUCCCUCGUUUAACCCCCCCCCCUCCUCUGCUUCCUGCAAGGGCCUGGUUUGUUUAUAAUCACUGUGUAAAUACAGUGUAUGUAUAGAUAUAUGUAGAAAAGUGUAAUAUAUGUACAUGUAUCUAAGAGACACUCAUCCUGUGCAUCUGGACAUGACCUCUGUGACCCCGAUCUAGCUUAGGAGCAACAUUUUCCUCACCGAUUUCAAUUUGUUUUCAUCCUCCUCCUCAAAGUACUUCCUCAAAAUAUCGGUAGCUCUUGAUGAUUCACGACAAACAUGAACACACACACACACACACACACACAUACACACACUCAUGGGGGCUGCCAGCUUUGGUCCCGUGGCCGCAAGACUGUUUAUAGAGACGGGGAAUAAAAGAAGUAAGGUUUAGUUUGACCCCUCCGCCCAACAAGAGUUUUAAACAUGAAGACCUUCAUCAUAGUGUCCUUAGCUCCUGACCCCACAACGCUGUGAGCCGUCUCGUCAUAUCGUAUGCACACACACACACACACACGCACACACGCCUGGUGGUGUGUUUAGGCUUUGUAACAUAUCUGCACCUCUGCUGUGUGACCACGGUGCCACCCUUGCUGUGCUGCUUAAUUGUCUCCAUCCAUCCGCGACAGUCGUAUCUUAAAGCCCCUCCCCCUUCCCGGUAACCCCCUCCACCCCCCAGCCCCUGCCCUCCCCCCCGUGUACCGACGAGCCCCUGCUCUUGAGAUGUUUAUUUGUACCUCUCUCUGUUGUUUCUCCGUUCCCGUGUUACUGGUUUGAGUUUUUUUGUCGUCGUCGACGUUGCUGUUAACUUGUCGUUUGGUAAUUUGCCGAUCUGCCAAGCUGGAGUUCUGCACUCUCCCUCGCACACAGAGAAAAAAAAACUAUGAACAAAAAAAAGGGAAAAGAGGGAGGAAGACAACACAAAAUUUACAGAUUGAGCGAUCAUGGAUUGAUCGGGACUAAAUUAUUUAUUAAUGUAAUCUACGCCCUUGGUGGUUUUAAAUCGUGCCUGCUCAGUUGAGAGGAGUUUUGAAAGCCAGAGAGAGAGAGAGCCGGCGUGGGUGUGCAGGUUUCUGCGACCUGCACAGUCGAACCAGAGCGGGAGACCUAGUUAUAUGCAUGUUUCAGUUACGCAUUUCUACCAUGUACCUACCUGAAUAAGGAUGGAGCUAGUGUUAAUAUAUGAUAUUUGCAUCUUUUGAAAUAAGAAUCUCCUCCAUCCAGAAUGUUGAAUAGGUGACAUGAAAAAUACAAAAAAAAAAAUGCAAAAUUAAAAAAAAAAAAGGAUUCAGGAGCCGUAGCUUGGUAUGAGGCCCUCGAUGUUAGCGUUUUCCCUGCGUUGUAAUGAUAUACUAUUGGGCUGCGCUUUCUCCCCCAGCCUUCACAUGGAUGCUGGAGUUUUUUUGCAUGAUCAUGAUGUUCAAUGAAAUACAACCAUGAAUUGACGACUAUCAAGUGUUUGUCUGAGUGUUAGUUGGUCUUCAUCAUAGCUUUGUUAUUCUUCGAACUUGGAUCUUGAAAGUAUUUAAUAAAAAUACUAUUUCAGCACUG